CCGGGGAGCUGUAGCCUGAGCUGCUGGUUGUCCUGGCCGCUGCGGUGUCCCCUCGGGCCCCAGCGGCCUCCUGCUUCCGUCGUUCCCGCGUCGCGUUGCCUCUGAGCGGGGAGCGUUUCCACAUGCAUGGAUAUCACCUGAACCUUCUUAUGAGAGCUUAAAUCGCUUCUCAGUUGACCUCAAACAUGAGUGGCUCCAAACCUGACAUUCUGUGGGCCCCACACCACGUUGACAGAUUCGUUGUGUGCGAUUCAGAGCUGAGCCUUUACCACAUUGACUCUGCAGUGAGCUCGGAGCUGAAGGCAGGGUCCUUGCGCUUGUCGGAGGAGACGACCGCGACCCUCCUGUCGAUCAACUCCGACACUCCCUACAUGAAAUGCGUGGCUUGGUAUCCCAAGUACGACCCCGAAUGCCUCCUUGCUGUUGGGCAGGCCAACGGGCGAGUGGUUCUUACCAGCCUGGGCCAAGAUCACAACUCCAAGUGUAAAGAUUUGAUAGGCAAAGAGUUUGUGCCCAAGCACGCGCGGCAGUGCAACACCCUGGCCUGGAACCCGCUGGACAGCAACUGGCUGGCUGCUGGCUUGGAUAAACAUCGAGCUGACUUCUCGGUGCUGAUCUGGGACAUCAGCAGCAAGUAUGCCCCAGAGACUGCAGUUGCUGCAGAGAAAGUGAGGCUGUCGGCAGGAGAUCCAGAAGCAGGGCUGGUGGUGACGAAGCCGCUCUAUGAGCUGGGGCAGAACGACGCCUGCCUGUCCCUCUGCUGGCUGCCACGCGACCAGAAGCUGCUGCUGGCUGGCAUGCACCGAAACUUGGCCAUUUUUGAUCUGAGGAACACGAGCCAAAAGAUAUUUGUCAACACCAAGGCUGUCCAAGGGGUGACUGUCGAUCCCUAUUUCCACGACCGUGUAGCUUCCUUCUAUGAAGGUCAGGUUGCCAUCUGGGAUUUGAGGAAGUUCGAGAAGCCUGUUUUGACCCUGACAGAGCAACCAAAACCCUUGACAAAAGUGGCCUGGUGUCCGACAAGAACUGGGCUGUUGGCUACCUUGACCAGGGACAGUAACAUCAUUAGGCUGUAUGACAUGCAGCACACUCCCACCCCCAUUGGAGAUGAGACUGAGCCAACAAUCAUCGAAAGAAGCGUCCAGCCCUGUGAGAACUACAUUGCUUCGUUUGCCUGGCAUCCCACCAGUCAAAACCGAAUGGUAGUGGUGACUCCCAACAGGACUAUGUCUGACUUCACCGUGUUUGAAAGGAUUUCCCUUGCCUGGAGCCCGGUCACCUCCUUAAUGUGGGCUUGUGGGAGGCAUUUGUAUGAGUGCACAGAAGAAGGAAAGGCUAAUUCCUUGGAAAAAGACAUAGCAACCAAAAUGCGGCUCAGAGCUCUCUCCAGGUAUGGUCUUGACACUGAACAAGUGUGGAGAAAUCACCUCCUGGCUGGAAAUGAAGACCCUCAGCUGAAAUCACUUUGGUACACCCUGCAUUUUAUGAAGCAGUAUACUGAAGACAUGGAUCAAAAGCUUACAGGAAACAAAGGUCCCUUAGUUUAUGCUGGCAUUAAAUCAAUCGUGAAGUCAUCUCUGGGAACAACAGAGAACCUCAGGCACAGCAGGAGCGGCUCUGAUAGACAGGCAGAUAUUAUUCAGUACCUGAGUGAGGAGAGAUCCUUGGCUUUGCAGCUCUGUGGGUGGAUCAAGAAGGGAACAGACUUAGAUGUGGAACCCUUUUUAAGUUCCCUGGAGCAGGAAGGAGACUGGGAGCGAGCUGCUGCUGUAGCCCUUUUCAACUUGGACAUCCGGCGAGCAAUACAAAUCCUGAACAAAGGAGCUUCCUCGGGAAAAGGUGAUCUGAACCUUAAUGUGGUAGCAAUGGCUCUGUCAGGCUACACAGAUGAGAAGAACUCACUUUGGAGAGAAAUGUGCAGUACCCUGAGACUGCAGCUGAACAACCCCUACUUGUGUGCUAUGUUUGCUUUCCUGACGAGUGAGUCUGGUUCAUAUGAUGGUGUUUUGUACGAAAACAACGUAGCAGUACGAGACAGAGUGGCAUUUGCUUGCAAGUUCCUCAACGAUGCUCAGUUGAACAGGUUUAUUGAAAAGCUGACAAAUGAAAUGAAAGAUGCUGGGAAUUUGGAGGGAAUACUGCUAACAGGGCUGACCAAAGAUGGAGUGGACUUGAUGGAAAGUUACGUUGACAGAACUGGAGAUGUCCAGACAGCAAGCUACUGCAUGCUACAGGGUUCUCCAUCAGAUGUGCUUAAGGAUGAGAGGGUUCAAUACUGGAUUGAGAACUACAGGAAUCUUUUGGAUGCUUGGAGAUUUUGGCAUAAACGUGCAGAAUUUGAUAUCCAUAGGAGUAAGCUGGAUCCCAGUUCAAAACCUUUAGCCCAGGUGUUUGUGAGUUGCAAUUUCUGUGGAAAAUCAAUCUCUUACAGCUGUUCAGCUAUCCCUCAUCAGGGAAGAGGUUUUAGCCAGUAUGGAGUCAGUGGUUCUCCAACCAAGUCAAAGGUCACAAGCUGCCCUGGGUGCCGUAAGCCCCUUCCUCGCUGUGCUCUCUGCUUGAUCAACAUGGGGACACCCAUUUCCAGCUGUCCAGGAGGAUCCAAGUCAGAUGAAAAAGUGGAUCUCAGCAAAGACAAGAAGUUAGCCCAGUUCAACAACUGGUUUACUUGGUGUCACAACUGUAGGCAUGGUGGACAUGCUGGGCACAUGCUUAGCUGGUUCAGGGAUCAUACAGAGUGCCCAGUUUCUGCCUGCUCUUGUAAGUGUAUGCAGCUGGAUACAACAGGGAAUCUUGUUCCAGCAGAGACUGUCCAGGCAUAAAGUAUUUGUCUGAGAGUGAAUGGAUGUCCAUAAUAGCCCAAGCAUUUAUUUGAGACAAAAGUCAUUUGUGACUUACUGUGAAAAAAUAAAUUGCUGUCAGAUCAGUAAAAUGCUGUGUGUGUGUGAGUGUGCUUGGUAGGAACAGGUAUGCCUGAAGCAAGCCUCUGGGCCUAGAAUGUGGUCCUUGUCCAGAGGAUGGAAGCAGUUCAGUUCUGGAAUUGUGGACUCUGGAUUUGCCAAAAUCCAAAGAACUUCAUUACAAGUUUUCAAGGUGAUGCUGAUCUGUUUCCUGAUUGAAGCAGUGUUUACAUGGUGUGAAUGAAUCAAAGUGGACACCUGAGAAGUGUUCUUCAGGAGAUGACAAAGCCAUGCUGUGGAUUGGUUUGCUCGUUUCCCUGGUCACAGCUUCAUGUAUGCAAACCUUUCUUCCCUUCUGAGUUCAUUCAAAGUGCCACUGACAGUUUGUAUUUUGAAGACUUUUAUUCUCAAGAAAAAUCUUGUUUCUUUCUGUUCCCAAGUUUUGGUAGUACUAAAGCAGUAUCUUUACAGUUCAAGGUUUUGCUUCAUUUACCUACAGACCUAACUGAUGAAAGUUUUAAUGCUAAAGAACUCGGAGGUUUUGACUCUUGGGCAUGUCUGCACCCUAGAGAAGAGUUCCCUGGUAAGUCCUGUGUCUGUGUCAGGGCAGAGUGCAGGUGAACUAUAGCAGGCUCCAUUUGCCUGAUUCAUUUGCAAGGUAGUACUGUGAAGAUCUCCAGAACUAUAGCAGGUUCCAUUUGCCUGAUUGAUUUGCAAGGUAGUACUGUGAAGAUCUCCAGAACUAUAGCAGGUUCCAUUUGCCUGAUUGAUUUGCAAGGUAGUACUGUGAAGAUCUCCAGAACUAUAGCAGGUUCCAUUUGCCUGAUUCAUUUGCAAGGUAGUACUGUGAAGAUCUCCAGAACUAUAGCAGGUUCCAUUUGCCUGAUUCAUUUGCAGGGUAGUACUGUGAAGAUCUCCAGAACUAUAGCAGGCUCCAUUUGCCUGAUUGAUUUGCAAGGUAGUACUGUGAAGAUCUGCAAUCUCCAAGCCUGGAGAUAUGUAAGUACUUCCAAGUUUUAAACUACAUGCUGAGUUUUGAUUGAAGACUUCUGGAUAAUCUGCAUUUCCCAAUGCUUCUAAAAUAGGCUGGGAAGUGUGAAAUCAACCUGUAUCAAUCCUGCUUCUGGUCACUGGCAGACACCAGUCUGCUCUCAUAGGUCAUUGACCAGGAGUUCCAGAUAUGUUAUCAGCUGGAGUUAAGAUUAUUUAUUAACCUGUGAGUGAGUCAGUGAUAUUUUGCUAACACUCUGCUAGGAGCUAAUUGGUGUUGCUAUCUUUGGUUUUGUAGGCAACAAAAUUCACACUGGGGGGAAAAAAAAACCCACCCCAACCAAACAACAAACCAAACCUGUUUUAAGGUAAUGUGAUGAUAAUAAUAACAUCAGUUUAUUUGGUGUGUGUUUAUUUACCAGUAGAACCUGUAUAUGAGUUACUUAACACUUGUGUGCUAUGAAAUGUUAAGUGGAAUGCUAGCAAUAAAGUGGUACCACAUCACCAGGACUGUGAAAAUCCAGUUUGAAAAGAGUACAUAACUGUAAUAUACCACUUGUUAUAAGUGUUUUGAGUGGAGUUGCAACAAGAUAAAACCAUGGGAACUUUUCUUAUCAUCACAUGAUGAUUACAUUCAGGACUUUGGAGGUUAUUUUCUGGUUUAGCAUUAAUGUUGUGGGUUUUUUAUCUGCUGCAUUGAUUCUGAUGGAAAAUUUCUUGCCUCAUUGACAAAAGCCUUUUUAAAGUAAGAAAAAAAUCACAGUGGUACUUGGUAUUUGUAGGGCAUGGGAGAAUAGUUACUUGGGUUAUUUUUUUCCCUCCUCCUGUUAGGAUAUUUAUUCAUCUUUCCAGUAUUUUUUGCACACUUCAUGUUGCUGUUGAAGAGCUCUUCAAAAUGUUUUCCAUUUGUAAAUGUAAACUGGGGGUUAAUGUAUGAUACCCUAUUUAUAUAAAUACAGGCAAUAAAACCUGCUUCAUGGAAACAAAGA